GCUCUCCGUCUCGCCGGGGUCUGCUGCACGUUAUUAGUGAGCAGUUUGUUUACAGAGAGACAUUGCAAGAUGGCGGCGUCCACAUCGACACACGGCAGAAUUUCCAGCGGUUUAUUACGUCCAAACGGGGAAAAAUUGGUAAAUUAAAUUCCGUAGCGAAAGAGUUAAAACUCAACAAAAUAAUCUAGUGUUAUUGUAUAUGUGUCCAUUACGUAUAAAUCUUUUGCAGAUUUCUAAGCUAAGCUGUAUUUGUUAAGACACUUUUCGUAUGGUAACAGUAUGUAAAUUGCAGUACGUGUCAAUCUUUCUUUAGUUAAAAAAAAAAGGAAGUGGGAAUGUUAUAGUUUUUAACUAUGAUGACAUUUUGUUAGCUUAAUUACAUGUAACUCACCCAACAAGACAUAAAAGGCAAAGGUUUGAUUAAAAAAAUAAAAACACAAAAUAUUUGUGGGAAAAGUUUUCAAUAAAUAAUGCUACAAAGUACACAUGUAUACAUGUAAAUGCAUAUCUGAAAAUGCUUUCAUAAAAAAAGUUUGGCUUUUCAUAAGCAUACAAGUUUAUUGUGCAGCAAAUUCAUUUUAGAAAUCUUAGAAUUAUUUUUUUUUCAUAAAUUGAAUCCAUUUGUUUUACAAAAUUUGUAAAUAGAGGUAUAAAUAGCCUAUAUGCCACAUGUAUAAAAUCAAAACAAACAAAAACGAAACCAUAAGAUUAGUGCCAAAACUAUUUGUUUUUGUAACCUUACUCUACAUAACAGAAAAAAAGCAAUUGUUAACAUACAUAAAGUUAAUUAAAUCACUGGAUCAGGCUUCAAAUAAAGUUUGUUUUGUGACUGAAGUUUUCUGCAUGGUGCAUCUUUUAAUGAAGUUUCUUUAGGGAGUGUGGGCUGUGGGGUGGGGUUCAAGGUUCAAGUAGUGACUGGCGCGGCAUUGUGCUAUUUCUACAAGUGAUGUUUACCUGAACUUUUCAGCGUGCUUUGAUAAUAUUGUCACCUUAACCACACAAUGAAUAAGCAUACUGGGUAUCAACAACAUAUUGUUUUACUGGUCUGCUAUGCCUCAAAUUGUUCAGUGUUUCAGAGUCAUCACAGUAAAGAGUAGAUCUAGAAAAAUCCUGACAACUGCAUACAUUCAGAAUAAUUAAGAGCUAUCACAAUGGCAAACCAGACAACAGCACAUCUCCAAUUUAGAAAGCGCGUCUGUGUCUCAGCGGCCUUUGGCGUCUCGCUGACCUACAUUGCCUGGGUGUACGCCCCCUUUGCGGUCCCAUCUGACCCUAACUUGACAGAUCGACUCGUCUUCACACUGCGAUGGCUGGCACUGUCCAUCCUUCCAAUUUUUGUUGGAAUCCAACUUGUUGGUACAAUUCGAUUCGCAAAUAUGGACACGGCAGGGGUUGUUACAACCACAGCAUACGCCGAGGGGCUUGUCCGUCUGAGGCAACGCGCUCUCCAGAACACGCUGGAACAAACAGCGAUGCACGUACCCUUAAUGCUCAUCCUUGGUACCUAUCUGGAUUCUAACCACCUCAAGCUGGUACCUAUCAUCAUCUGCUUGUUUGUUCUUGGCCGGAUCAUGUACUUCAUCGGGUACCUGUUUACUGGGAACCACAUCAAUCGCGGAUUUGGUUUUGUUCUGAAUAUGUUUCCAAAUAUAAUGGUACUCGUGUACUGUUUGUAUUGCUUGGCUGUAGGUGGGGCUAAUUAUGGGUUAUCUAGUACUGUGGCCUGAAACGUUGUUCUAGAUUAUGUGUCUCUAGCAAUGAUGAUGAUAUGUCAAUUAUAAAGAAAUUCAGGUGUUUGACAUGUUUGAUGUUCUUUAGUGCAAAACGCUAUGUAGCAUGCAUCCCAUCACAUUUUACAACUAAAUGUACAAAAUAAUGUAUAAUUUUGUUACAAGUUACAUGUACUGUUUGCUUGAAGAAAAGUAGCUGUAAAUUUCCAAAUGUAUACUUGUACAUGUAUGUACAAUUUUGCAGCUUAAAGUUAGAAUUGUGUGGUACGUAAUGGACAUCAUAUGAUUGCAAUCAUAAAGAAAAUAUCAAUUGGUAAAUCUCAAAUAAAGUAGACUGCCUAUUAUUUUUGUUUUCCUUCAUUAAUUGAAUCCGCUUGUUUUACAAUGUACAAAAUUUGUAAACAGGUAAUAGCCUAGAUAUAUGCCACAUGUACUUGUAUAAAAUAAAAAAAAAAAAAAAAGAAAAUACAAGAUUAGUGCCAAAACUGUUUGUUUUUGUAACCUUACUCCACAUUUAACACAAAAAAACCCUAU